CUGGAAGUUUGUGAGUCUUCCUGAUGGAUCAAGCAGGCCUCUCAACGAAGUGGAGAAGAUGUAUGUUAAGCGUGAAGCCCCACGUCGCCGCCGUAAGAUUCUCCCUUGAAUUUGCUAGAACCAGACUCCAUCAAUGGUAAAAGAAGAAAGUAGAUUUUUCUUGGGAAAAGCUUUUCAGCUACAAAGAGAAGUAAAAGACAAGAGACAGAACAACAAGUGGAGUUUGGUUUGGUUCUUAGUUGGGGAAAAAAAAAUCAAUGGAAGCAAAAGGUAGUGGUGGUAUAAGCAUGAAGUCAUUAGAGAGAGUGGUUUCAGAUAAAGCAUUAAAACUUGGAAACUCAUUUCCAUGUCAAAUCUGUGUUGUUGGGUUUCUCUGUGGAAUCUGUCUCACUUCUCUCUUCCUAGCUGCUCUCACUUCCAUUGGCACCUUCGAUCUCGUCGCCUUCUCCUUCUCCUCUCUUUCUCCUCCUUGCAAUUUCACUUCUCAAAUCAUAGACAGGAAACUGAAAUGGAAGAACAAAGGUGAUGAUGAUCAGGUGAAUAUUUUGGUCUCUGCUUGGGACAACUUAUUACUAAACAAUGAAGACUAUUUCAAGAAACUAGGGAUGAACAAAUCUGAUGUCCCAAACGCACCACAUUUGGAGAACUGUGAGGAGAAGACACGAGCUAGAGAGCGCUUGGAUACAAGAAAAUCAAACCAUACAUUUCCCUCUUGGAUAAACGGAGGUGAUGAAGAUAACUAUCCAUUAACGAGGAGAGUGCAAAAAGAGAUAUGGUAUCAUCAGCAUCCUUUGGACUGUGAAGACAAGAGUCUCAAGUUCCUUGUAGCUGAUUGGGAAACGCUUCCUGGCUUUGGUAUCGGGUCUCAGAUCGCUGGAAUGACUGGUCUUCUCGCAAUAGAUAUAAACGAAAACAGAGUUCUUGUUGCAAAUUACUAUAACAGAGCAGAUCAUGAUGCUUGCAAAGGUUCUUCUCGAGGAAGAUGGUCUUGCUACUUUCUACCGGAAACAUCCAAGGAGUGUAGGAAACGUGCGUUGGAAGUAAUGAAGAAGAGAGAAGCGUGGGAGAGUGGGACUGUUACAGGGAAACAAAACUACAGCACCAAGGAGAUUUGGUCUGGACAUAUACCAAAGAGAUGGGGUAAGCCUUGGAGUUACAUGAAGCCAACUACAGAGAUCAACGGAACUUUACUCACCAGUCACAGGAAAAUGGACAGGAGGUGGUGGAGAGCACAGGCGGUUAGAUACUUGAUAAGGUUUCAAACGGAGUACACUUGCGGUUUGAUGAACGUUGCUAGACAUUCUGCGUUUGGGAAAGAAGCUGCUGAGAUUGUUCUCUCUGCAGGAGGUUGGAGAAACAGGAAGAAGGAGAUGAGGUCAGAGGAUGUGUGGUCGAAUCGCAAGCCAUGGAUACCAAGGCCAAUGCUGAGCGUUCAUGUAAGAAUGGGAGACAAAGCUUGUGAGAUGAGAGUUGCAGCUUUAGAAGAGUAUAUGAUUUUGGCUGAUAGGAUCAGAGAACGGUUCCCGGAGCUAAACAGGAUCUGGCUCUCUACGGAGAUGAAGGAUGUUGUGGACAGAAGUGAAGAGUAUGGUCAGUGGAGAUUCUAUUACACGCAAGUGGCGAGACAAGUUGGUAAUAACUCGAUGGCUGAGUAUGAAGCUAGCCUCGGGAGAGAGAUGAGCACCAACUAUCCUCUUGUUAACUUCUUGAUGGCGUCAGAAGCUGACUUCUUCGUCGGAGCUUUGGGCUCCACUUGGUGUUUCCUCAUUGAUGGUAUGAGGAAUACCGGUGGUAAAGUCAUGUCCGGUUAUCUCAGUGUCAAUAAAGACCGGUUCUGGUAACUUCACCGGUUAAAACUCAUCCACUUCUUGUUUGGGAAAUCGGCCAAUUCAUACAUCAAUAGAGAGUCGCGGUCCCGAUCAGUACAUAUACUCGGACCCUGUGCAAAUACAUACAUCAACAUUCAAUUAGUUUAAAUUCCAUACACGAACUAACAAAAAUCGGUUUUUAUAUACAUUGAUUAUAUUUCCGUCAGUCAAAGAUAACGGAAUCUGAGCUGGCAGUUUGACUCGCUUA